GGAAGACAUACGCAAGUUUGGAAAAAGCGCCUUGAGACUUUUGUGGAUUUGAGUGAAUAUUGCAGCGCGAUUGCUUCGGAGAAAUCUAUUGAUACAGGAGAAGAGGCAUCGAAUUACGACGUGAGACAGUACCUGGAUGACCUUGGUUGCGGUGUAGUGUUUAUUAUAGAUUUUUGAUUGCAUUGGAUCGGUCCGCAUUGCAGUAAGCCCACAUCACGUCAAGCGUUUGAUCUAGAAACGGAAAGAGAUACAAAUCUGUUCGGAAGCCUAUCUCGGACGAAAAAGCAACGAUUCGCGCAUAUAUAAGAGACUGACUGCAGACGGAAUAUCAAAAUGGACGGUCAAAAGAUCAAACGUUCAAAGAACAUAAUGGCUCAAUCAACAUAUCAAUCGGUGGUUUUAGCAAAGCGUCCUACUGGACAAAUUGUUCCAGGAGAGACUUUCGAGAAGAAGGAGAAUCCAAUGGUAACGGAGGCAGAUCUCAAAGAUGAUCAAGUCUUGGUUGAAGUGUUAUAUCUUUCAUUGGACCCGGCCAUGAGAGGUUGGUUGAAUGACAGAAGAUCAUACGUUCCACCUGUACAAAUUGGUGAGGUUAUGCGUGGUGUUUCCAUUGGAAAGGUCAUCGCCAGCAAAUCAUCAAAAUUCAAUGUCGGUGACUACGCAUCCGGCAUUACAGGAUGGAAAGAAAUAGCUAUCAUGGCUUCCAAAGACCUCACACCUAUUGAUCUUCCACCCAACGGCAAGCUCACCGAUGCCCUUGGUGUUCUUGGAAUGACUGGUCUUACCGCCUACUUCGGAAUUCUGGAAGUUGGAAAAAUCAAGGCUGGAGAUUUCGUUGUAGUAUCUGGUGCCGCUGGUGCUACUGGAAGUGUUGUUUGUCAAAUUGCUAAGCUUAAGGGAGCCAAGGUUUUGGGUCUUGCUGGAAGUGAUGACAAAGUACAAUGGUUGAAGGAAUUGGGUUGUGAUGAUGCUUUGAACUACAAGGAUAAGGAUUUCCCAUCUAAGUUCAAGGCUGCUACACCAAACUUCAUCGAUGUAUUCUUUGACAAUGUCGGAGGAGAGAUUUUGGAACUUGCUCUCAGCAGAGCGAAGCCAUUCUCAACUUUCGUUAUGUGUGGUGCUAUCAGUCAAUAUAACUCGGAUACUCCAGUUGGACCAAAGAACUUCUCAAUGAUCAUCGCAAUGAGAAUUCGUCUUCAAGGUUUCAUCGUCUUCGAUUACGCAUCCAAGUACGCUGAAGCCCGUAAAGAGAUGUCUCAAUGGUUGGCAGAGGGCAAACUCCAAAGAAAGGAGACUAUUAUCAAGGGUGGACUUGGUGUUGCCGAAAAAGCUUUAAUGGAAUUGUAUCAAGGUGUUAAUACUGGUAAAUUAUUGGUCGAGAUUAAGGAAGAUAGUUCUGUUGGUUCCCGUUUGUAAGAGAUACCUAGAUAGAUUAAUGCAUGAAUGAUGAAGCAUACACACUAUAUAUC